CGCCCGGGCAAUAGAUAUUAGUGCCGCGCCGACUUCCGCACGACCGAUCGAAAUGGCGAGCUGAUAUUUAUUUAUAUCAGUGUGCAGUGAGUACCCCAAAGCGCAAAAGUUACGAAUCGUGGUGCGGUAAUAAUUCCGCGAUAAGCGACAAUGGCACCGCUAUUGCUAAUUAGUGCCAAACACAGUGCCUGUGGAUACUUUUGCGGCCGAAAUAAAAUUCACGAUUGAAACUAAAAAAAAAAGGAAAAGAAACGAAACGAAACAAAUUACACGCACACACACAUACCACACACACACACACAAAUACAUAGACAUAACGUAAAAAUUUCGGAAAGCUGAGGCGGCGGUUUGCUUUUUUCCGUCGGUUUCUCGCAGCAGUAUCGCCAGGAUGCAACACACGACCGACGACGGCGGCAACCCGGCGGCGACCGGUGCCACGGGCACCGCCACCACCACCAAGAGCCACGUGAACGGCGGCCGCUUUGACUUCGACGACGGUGGCACUUACUGCGGCGGAUGGGAGGAGGGUAAAGCGCAUGGACACGGCGUCUGUACUGGACCCAAGGGUCAGGGGGCUUAUUCGGGGUCCUGGCAUUAUGGUUUUGAAGUUUCCGGUGUUUAUACAUGGCCCAGCGGGAGUACAUUCGAGGGACAAUGGCAGAAUGGUAAACGACACGGGUUGGGUGUGGAGUCUCGUGGGCGAUGGAUUUAUCGCGGCGAGUGGACGCAGGGUUUCAAGGGACGUUACGGUGUGCGACAAUCCAACACCUCAACCGCCAAGUAUGAGGGCACAUGGGCGAAUGGUCUACAAGAUGGCUACGGCUCGGAAACGUACGCUGAUGAUGGUACAUAUCAAGGACAAUGGCUGAGAGGAAUGCGACAUGGUUACGGCGUGCGGAAUAGUGCGCCCUUCGGCAAGGCGUCCAAGUACCGCACCGCCAACAAGGCGCUGCGGGCGUCCAUGACGUCGCUGCGCAGCAACGAGGCGAGCGGUGCCGCCCCCGACGUGACGACGAAGCGCGACCAGCGUGUGGAUGACUCGCGGGGCGGCUUCGUGCUCAAGAUGAACUCCAACGAGCAACCCAGGCGGCGCUCGAUAGGUGCCGCAAAUAUAAAACGAACUAUUUUUUCAGGUAUGAGGAGAAAACAGAAAAGUAUGGGUGAGUUGGAGAAGCGUGGUGUUUCCGGAAGUAUGCGUUCCACGGCGUCUUCGCAAUCAUGGCAGAGUACUGAGUCGGCGCAGUCUGCCAUGACUAAUGCGUCACUGCCGUCUGAUUCCAAUGCCAGUUUUGUUGUUGAGGAUGAACAUAUGGACGCUGGAGUGACGGAAACGUACAUGGGCGAAUGGAAAAACGAUAAACGUACAGGUUUCGGUGUCAGCGAACGUUCCGACGGUUUAAAAUACGAGGGAGAAUGGUAUAAUAACAAAAAGUACGGUUAUGGUGUGACGACAUUUAGUAAUGGCGAGAAAGAAGAGGGCAAGUACAAGAAUAAUGUCCUCAUCACUAACCCCAAGAAAAGACAUCUGUUUCUGAUGCGUUCCGCGAAAUUCCGCGAGCGUUUGGACGGUGCCGUUAGUUCAGCGCAACGAUCAUCGAAAAUCGCCAUGCAAAAGGCGGAUAUCGCCAUUUCUAGAACGGCUACCGCACGUGGUAAAGCCGAACAAGCGGAUAUACUCUCUGCGCAUGCGCAUGAAGACUCCGAUGUUGCGCUAGUAGUAGCCAAACAAUACGCGCCUGAUUUUAAACAACCCGGGCUGGAUCGCCUGAAAGCCAAACGCGAAAAAUACGCGGAUUUCAACAAUCAGAAAGAUUCGAUAUCGCACAACCCCGGAUCGGGAGGCGGCGGUGGUGCGCAUAUUACACAAAACAGCAUCCCGGUUACAACCAAUCCAACGCUACGGGUAUCAGUACCCAAGUUGAAUUCAUCAACGAUGAAUCUAGCGGGUCAUCAACAGCAAACGCAGGCGCAGGUGCAGAGACAUAUGCAAUUACAACACGCACCUACACCACAUUCGUCCCCACAGAAAACAACGCCGCAACACAAUCAAAUCGACACGAAUCCAUCCAAAACCAUGCACAACAACCCUAAUUACCUAUCACCGACCAGUAAUAAACAGCCUACCGACCACGCCGAUCAAAUCAACGCCGAACAUAUCCAGGAGCACCUACAGAAGCAGUUGGAACAGUUGAAGAAUCAAAAUAGAGGUGGUGAACCACAGGCUCCAGCAAGGAGAGGUUCAGCGCUGAGUCGAGGUAGACCCGAUCGACCUUACUUAGGUUCUACUUCGCAGCAGUCCUCGAUAGACCACUUUGAUCACUACAAGAGACCACCUAGUAGAGACUCCAGUGUAGAUCGGUAUUCACGAGCGACGGGUCGCGCGGGUGGUAACAUUGGACAACCUCCUUUGGGUUCCCGUCAACCUUCGCUGGAUCGCGCCGCUAGACAAUCCAUGACUCCCGAUAGGCAGGUUAGGGCACCAUCGCAAGCAAGGGGGACUACUCCAGCUCCAAUGCGUGGUACUACACCUGCGCCGGUUAGAGGAACAACUCCUGCUCCUCAGAUGAGAGGAACUACGCCAGCGCCCACGCCACCGCCUGCGGCGCGUAAUGGUUCAAUCGUAAGCGGCAAUGCUAAGACACUCACGGGCAACGGCAAUGGUGUGGCGGUGGGCGCCAGCAAUCAGCCGCCCUUCGAGGAGAUCCUGCUGACGAAGCGCAGCCUCGGCCAAGACAUCAUUCCAUCGCCCAAUCAGCCCAAGCGCACCGAGAGUCUGUACAACGCCGGCGGCGGCGCACCUGGUGCGCCCGCACCAGCGCCUGCUCUCAAGAAUAUAAUCCCGCCAACGACGCUGUCGAGGAAGAAGUCGCUGCCGGAAUUCCAGGAACUGCCCAAGGCCACCUCGGAGAUGUCCAGGGAGGAGGUGUCUGCGCUGGGAUCGGCGCGUCGCGAAGAAGUACGAAGGCAAGCCGAUGAGAAGGACCGACUGCGUGCCAAUCCCCUGCUGUAUUUAAUCAGUCCACAAAUGAAGGACUGGUUCUCGCGCCAACAGCUUGUAAUCGUCAUCCUCUUCGUGAAUAUAUCGCUGGCCAUCAUGUUCUUCAAACUGCUGACAUAGCAGUUUGUGAGCGCGGUCUACUCGAGAGCCAUCGUCGAGAUGCCAUGAAAUUUAUUAGAAACCAAAAGGAAACACGAGGAAUGAUUGAAAUGAAUACUGAAGAACUCUGAUGAGAUAGAUUUUUACCACGGAAACAAAACGACGCAGCCAUUGUUUGUGUGCGUGGGUCUUUUUGCAAACUCUUGUAUGUACUUUGUAAUUUUUGAAAUUAACGCCAGGAAAAAUACCUAAACCGAUGACAAUGAAAACCAAAUGAAGAUACAAACAAACAAAAACACAACCAACAAACGACUAGGACCCAAAACGCCUACGUUUAGAGAAUAUUAGGAGGAAUGUAAAUUAGACAAUUACGAAAUAUGUAUAGGAUAUAUUUUUACACAGGCAUCCGCAAGCGGAAGUCUUUUUACACGUCGAACAAAUAACAAAUUAUUAAAAGUAACACGCGCCAUGUUGUCAAUAUGGCGCGCAGCUAAAUGAAAAGCCAAGCUUUUUACACGAUCGGGGCGUUUCGUUGCAUGAAACGCGUACGAAUCGAAGUUGAUGAGCGUUUAGCGUUUAGAAAACUUAAAAAAAAGAAUUUAGACAUUUACAAAACUCUUCUCUUUGAAAAUUCUUGUUACAAACGCAAUUGCAAACGGAGGGAAACAAACAAAUGACUUUUGAGUACGAAUAUUAAUCUAUUCAUAUUCAUUAUUAAUGAGAUGAGAAGUGAUGAUGAUGAUGAUAAAGAUGAUGGUGCAGUGUUUUAGGGAACACUUUAUUUUGCUGUUGGAGUUUUCAGAUUUUAAUAUGAACUAUCCAAGUUCGGCGUGCGUUCUUUCGAUGGUUUAUCCAUAAUAGAAUCAUUGAUCAUUAAAAUAACUAGUUAAUUGCGCUCAUUUCGCGUGAUAUCCGUCGAAAGAGCGCGCGCCGAAUUGUUUAUUAUUCAAAUAUGUAUUUAUGAAACCUGUUGUAUAACUCGUUAUUUAAAAUUUUCAUGAUUUAUCUAAACUUUAAACGUUGUACAAGUCUAAGCAGAAUUUAAAGUUUACACAGUGCGUCUAAAAUUGUGGCAGAAAUUAGCAGAAAAAAGUUAAUUUUUUCACUUUUUGAUUUAAAAAUUUCAACUGUACAUAUUCAUAACGUAAUCUAAUUCGCUUUAUUUGUCUUUUCUUCUUGGUUUGCGUUCAGACUUAUGAGAAUCAUGUUGUUUUUACGUUCAGAUUAAAAUUUGUUUUGUUUUUUAGUUUAUGUUGCUGUUAUAGUUGUAAAGCUAGGACUCGAUGAUAAAAAAAAAGGAGAAUGUGCGAAGAAGUACUAUUUUGCGUGCCUUGUCAAAUUGUUAACAAAGUAAGUGAUUCGUCGUCAGUCAUGUAAACAAAAAAGAUGAUAAAAGAAAACGAACUUUUCAAAAAAAACGAAAUUCUGAAGGGGAAAUAAUUUGAAAACAUAAACGACAUUGUAUUAAUGCGCAUAUGAUAAUAUGAUGAAUAUGAUAUAUGAUGAAACUGGUGCAGAAAUAAAUUGUAAACGAGCA